UUAAUAACCAUUUUAUCCCUUCCGAAGGUUAUGGUUUUUCCGAGGCAGCAGUACGCCCAGGCCUAGGAGCUGCACAAAUGGCCGUUAUAUUCAAGAACUUGAUGAACAGACUGAACAUACAGAAAUACUACGUUCAAGGGGGGGAUUGGGGGUCGAUGAUUGCGAACUAUAUGGCUGUUUUAUACCCUCAACAAGUCAUCGGAAUGCACUCGAACUUAUGCUUCAGCGAUAUGCCCAUAACGAAUCUGAAGAAGAUCGUUUACGGUUUGAAGCCGUCACUGAUCGUGGACAAAAAGUAUGAACACCUUGUAUAUCCGAUGUCGAGCGUGCUCGCCAAUUUGAUUUUGGAGUCUGGGUAUUUACAUCUACAGGCUACCAAACCAGAUACUGUAGGUACAGCCUUAAACGACUCCCCAGUAGGGUUGGCUGCUUAUAUACUGGAAAAGUUUAUAACUUGGACAAAUCCCAGCUUUAAAGAACGAGAGGACGGGGCUUUGACUGAAAAAUAUAAAAUGGAGGAUCUUCUGGAUAAUGUAAUGAUAUAUUGGGUAACUGGUACAAUAACGUCAUUAAUGAGGUUAUACUCAGAAUCUUUCAAUAGUGCCCACUACAGUUUGCACCUUUCUAAAAUACCUGUGACUGUACCAUCUGGAUGUUCGAGAUUUGCACACGACAUAGUGUACUCACCUACCGCCCUGUUGGAGGAUAAAUUUCCCAAUUUAUUACACGUGACUGAUCACGACGCAGGGCAUUUCGCAGCUUUCGAAGUACCAGAAGUACUAGCCAAGGAUAUUUACGAUUUCACUGAGAAAGUUCUAACAGCAUCAUCGCCGAAAAAAUAAUGCAGUUUUUAUCUCUGGAUGUAAUGGGAAAUAGUGUACGAUCAUUUCGAUGAAUACUUCAGGGGAAUUCGAACCGAA